GAAGGCGCAGGAGAACCAGAAGGAGAUGAAGCUGCUGCUGGACAUGUACAAAUCGGCGCCCAAGGAGCAGCGGGACAAGGUGACGCUGAUGGCGGCCGAGAGGAAGAGCAAGGCCGAGCUGGAGGAGCUGCGGUGCCGCUGGCGGGAGCUGGAGGAGCGCGAGCGCCGCGAGUCCAAACUCUUCCAUUCAUUCCUAUGGGUUCAUAACUGAUCUAUAACUAAUAAAUUAUUAUUAAAUUAUUAAUUAACGAUUAAUUAAUGAUUAAUUAACGAGCUGGAGGAGCUGCGGUGCCGCUGGCGGGAGCUGGAGGAGUCCAAACUCUUCCAUUCAUUCCUAUGGAUUAAUAAUUGAACAAUGAUUAAUAAAUAAUAAUAAGUCUUCCAUUCAUUCCUAUGGGCUAAUAGCUAAACAAUGACUAAUAAAUAAAUAAUAAGUUAUUAAUUAACGAUUAAUUAACGAGCUGGAAUAGAUGUGGUUUCGCUGGAGGAGCGCGAGCGCCGCAAGUCCAAACUCUUCCAUUCAUUCCUAUGGGUUUAUAAUUGA